AAACACAAAUAAAGAGAAAAGAGAGAGAGAGAGAGAGAGAGUUUUUGAUAUGAUUAAAAUCUUUCCAUAAUCUCAACAGUGAAAAAGAGAGAAAGAAGAAAAUUCUUAUGGAGAUUGAUCUAUCACUCAAAAUAGAUCAUCACAAGGAAGAGCAUCAUCAUCAUCAUUUGAUCAAACACCAAAAGAAUGAUCAACAACAACGUCAAGAUGAUCAUGAUCGUGAAGAAGAAGGAGAAGGAGAAGGAGAGGAAGAAGAAGAAGAAGAAGAAGAAGAAGAAGAAGAAAUUGAUAUUGAUCAUCACGUUGUUCCUUCGACUACUUCUGGCUUAAAAGUGUUUUUGCCACAUAACAAUACUAAUGUAGGAGAGAUUUCAGAGUUACAAAUGGAAAUGGAUCGAAUCAAAGAAGAGAAUAAGGCGUUGAGAAAAGCUGUGGAACAGACAAUGAAAGAUUAUUAUGAUCUUGAAAUGAAAAUUGGUUUCUUUCAACAAAACAAUAACCUCAACAACAAGCUGGAGUGUGAUCAUAACUUCCUAUCAUUCCAUGGAAAUGAGAACAAAAGGCACGAAGAACUAACAAAACACGACCUCGAACUCGGAGAAAUGGCAAAGAAGAAGAGACGAGUUGGGUCGGCAUCGAAGGAAGACGAAAUGAGGGAGAGUGAACUGGGGUUAUCAUUAGGGCUCCAUACAAAAAACAGUAAUGAUGAUUUGGAACAAGAAGAUAAUGAUAGGGAAUUAUUAAUAGAAGAAGAAAGAAGAGAAAUUAAGAACAAGGAAAAUUCAAUAAUAAUGUCAAAUUUCAAUUCAAUCCAAAACAAACCACAAAGGCCUGAAUUGCAAGCAAUGGCACCCCCACAAAACAGAAAAGCUAGGGUUUCUGUAAGAGCAAGAUGUGAAUCUGCUACUAUGAAUGAUGGUUGCCAAUGGAGAAAAUAUGGUCAAAAAAUUGCAAAGGGAAAUCCAUGCCCUCGAGCAUAUUAUCGUUGCACUGUUGCACCGGGUUGCCCAGUUAGAAAACAGGUACAAAGAUGCUUAGAAGACAUGUCAAUUCUAAUAACAACAUACGAAGGAACACAUAAUCAUCCUCUCCCUGUUGGAGCAACAGCCAUGGCUUCCACAGCUUCAGCAGCUUCUGCUUCCUUUAUGCUCUUAGACUCAUCUAAUACUAAUAAUACCAAUCUUUCUAAUUCUCUUCAUCUAAACCCUAAUAUUCUUAACUCUUCUUCUCCUUCUUUCCUCCAAACUCAAAACCCUACUAACCAUCUUUUCACCCCAUUAUUCCCCACCUCCUCAACCUCCCACUUCCCCCAUUCCUUUUACCAUUCCAACUUUCAACCUAAUCAUCUUGUUGGUCCUCUCGACCGUCGCACGUGGAAACCGACCGAUGAUAAUAAGCCACCACCGUUCACGCCCGAUGCCGUGUCUGCCAUUGCUUCUGACCCUAAGUUUCGAGUUGCCGUUGCGGCCGCUAUUUCUUCGCUCAUUAACAAAGAGAAUGAACACAUGACGACAUCGAUGACGGGAGAGACGGUCACAGAUGGUAAAGGCGGUGGUGGCAGCGAUAGUGAUAGUGGAAACAAGAAAUGGGUUGUUGAAUCCCUCUCCUCAAAAUCAAAUGGUAAUUGAGAUGUUUUUAACCGGUGAAGAUUUGCCAUUUUUUGAGGGAGAUUCAAGUUAGGGUUCAUGUUUAUGAAAUGGUUAAGAUUUUAAUUUUCUUUUCUUUCUACUCUCUGUUACGUUUGAUCCAAAUUUGUAUUUAUACUUGUAGUCUCUUUCUUUCCAUGAUUUGAUUUUCUGAUAAGAAUUUUGUAAGAAUUCACACAAAGAAAGAAUAAAUAUUAUUUUGGUAAUUUGUGUUA